ACACGAAAUUCUUGUAAUGUAAAAUACAUAUAUACAUAUUACAUGUUCAUAAAUUCAUCAUAAAAAUAUCCCGAAUGUAUAAUAUUUAUUAACGAUCUCUUAAAAGUAAAACAAAUCCACAAAAAUUUGAGGUAAAUGUAAAGUAAAAACUUAACAAACGUAUAACAACUUCCAUUUUAUUAUAGUAUGCAUCCGAUUGCAAAUAUAAUUUCGCGUUUUAAUUAAAUAGAGCUCUACAAAUCAGAGUAUGUUGAGCUCAUUGUGCAUGUUGAAAACCGUUGAUCUACAUCAUAGAAAGUACGCGAAAUAUGACGAAAUUUAUCGAUGUAUUCGGUCUAAUCUCUCGUAGCCUAUCCAUUUUUAACGAUACCGAAAGGCAUCGAUUGCAAGUUACAGAAUUCCCGUACUGUUCGCUUGUUAACGAAAAAUCAAUAAUUCUAUUUUUAUCGACAUUUCAUGCACACAGCACGGAAUACAACCGUAACGUGUACAUACACCUGCGUUAUUCACUUAGUCCAACCGUGGACAUUGACUACGUAGUUCAUGUCCAUGUUUUCAAUGUACACAGAUGGCGCAUCGGGUUCGAGGGUCACGUAAAACCAGGCCGUGACAGCUCUCAGACUUCUCUCUGGCCGUGCAUGGUAUGGAUUCGGCGUAACUUGGCCAGGUGGCGCGCCGGUGAGGGCCGAGAGCACCCCCUAUUGGCCGGCGAUGCUCGAGAUAACAUGGCGGCGAUCGGCGCGCGAUUCGUUCCUAAACGCGGUCAGUAGGUUACGCAACUUGGCGACGCGCGCGUCGGCGUCGUCGUUGUUGUUGCCCAGCGGCAGCGCGUCGGGUCGAUUUGACGGCGACGGAGGUGCGGUCGGCCGCCGAUGCGGCGACGAGUGGCGAGCGCGCAAAAUGGCGCCUACGCGUGUAAUUCUGAUGUCGUGCGGCAGCUAUAACCCGCCAACGAAUAUGCACCUGCGGAUGUUCGAGAUUGCUCGAGACCAUCUGCAUCGAAUGGGGACGCACGUUGUCGUCGGUGGAGUGAUGUCCCCGGUGCACGACGCGUACGCCAAGAAGGAGUUGGCCAGCGCUACCCACAGAUGCGCGAUGCUGCGUCUGGCGUUGCAGAAUAGCGACUGGAUUCGGCUGAGCACGUGGGAGACCAGGCAGAAUUGCUGGACCAAGACUCGCGUCUCCUUGCAGCACCAUCAAAAUCUGCUCAACUCCAUGCUGUCAAAUUCCAAUGACAUCAAGCACCACCUGCAGACAGAGGACACCGAAUGGAUACCGGAGAAUGUGAAAAACAGCGCGGACAAUACGCCGAUACAGAUUAAAUUGCUGUGCGGCGCGGACCUACUCGAGAGCUUCGGCAUUUGCGGACUUUGGCUGGAGGAAGACAUUGACGCGAUUGUCGGCGAGCAUGGUCUUGUGGUCAUCACCAGAGAGGGUUCCUGUCCCAAUAAGUUCAUCUAUGAUUCCGACAUCCUCUCCAAGCACAUGAACAACAUUUGCAUCGUGACCGAAUGGAUCCCGAACGAAGUUAGUUCGACGAGAAUCAGGCGAGCACUGAAGCGCGGCGAGAGCGUUAGAUAUCUGCUGCAGGAUUGUCUCAUCGAUUACAUCUACAAGCACGAGAUCUACGACGCGAGAAUGCCAGACACGACAAUUAAGUUGGAACUGCCGUCGCCGAAUGCGAACAAUUAUCUACACAUAGAUCCCCGAUACCUAAGCGCAUUCCUAACGCCGUCGCCCAGCGAUGUAACCAUGGGCUCGCCAAGCCCGAUCGAGAUCACCGCGUGUAUCGAUGUGCCGGACGCGGUGGUGCUACGCAAAAACCUGCAGAAUGCUGCGGGCGGUGGUGGCGGUGGCGGGCUCGACGAGAUUCACGAGCAAUUCGUUAGCGUGAUCAGCAGCAACGUCGACAACGGCAACGUCAAGCACGUAUCUCGAGCCGCGUAUCCCGGUCAGGCGAAACAGAUCAUCGCCAGCGCGACCGGCGUCGCGCGAAUUGUAGACGAGGUAGGUGCGCUUGAUGAGCAGCCGAUGGUGAGGUCUCAGCCUGGUCCUUCGUCAGAAGAUGGUCAUAGAUCGACGGCUGUAGAUAGUGCCGCGGGUAAAGUUAGUACUGGACAGAGAGAGGUCUCGGAUUUCAGUCUCACGACGGAAAUCAUCGACGUGGACUUAGGUUCGAAUGACGAUCACGAGAUAAUAGUAAAGAUUCAACCUUCGACGUCUAGCGAGUUGGUGUUGAGUGAGGAUCGUAGGUUGACGGUAGACGCCAUUGCGAGGGAUAGGGAAGCUUCAAGUUUGAAAUCUAAAGCGGAAAUUGUUGACGUAGAUUUAGGUUCGAGCGAGAUAAUCGUGAAAGUUCAAACUGGCCAGCCAAGUUCUGGUGAACUCGUGCCAAAGGAAUGUUUUAGGUCAAUAAUGAAAAGUGCAGUAAAGGAUAAAGCUGAGAUUGAACAGAGAGAGGCCUUGGAUUCGAGUUCUAAGAUGGAAAUUGCUGAUGUAGAUUUAGAUUUGAACGACGAUCGCGAAUUAAUGAUGAAGACUCCACCUAGUGAGUCGAGUUCGGGUGAGCUUCGAUUAGGAGAAUGUUGCUGGCCGAAAAGAGAAGGCUCUAUGAAUGAUGAAGUUGAAGCUCGCGAUAGAAAAACUAUUCCCCAGAAGAAAAUAAUCGAUGUAGGAGUAGAUUUAGAUGGUAAGAACGCGCUGAAAGAAACACGUAGGUUUACGGUAGAAGCGAUUAAUGACGAGGUAGGUUCGGACCGGUCUAAUUUUAGCGAAAUUGGAUUGGAGAGGUGCCCCAGGUCGAGGGUAAAAAGUGCCGUAGAGGAGAAAGUUGAUGUUAGCGACAAAAAAAUAGUUGACGUAGAAUUAGAGUUUACCGAUGUUGUUAAAGUUCAGCCUGUACAUUUAAGCCAUGGCAUACUUAUGAAGGACGAUCGUAGAUUAAUGAUAGAAAAACUUACAAAUGAGCUUAAAAUUAAGCUUGACGAGGAUAAAAAUAAAUCCAAGGAAAAUUCACAGCUAGGUAAGGUAGGUAAAGACGAUGCAGAACUAACUGAACUUAGUGCAAAAGAAAUCGACGUGGGAAUCGGUGCCAGCAAAGAGACAGUCGAUUUCGAAUCGGAUAGAACUAAAUAUCUAGACGCCAAGGCGAUAACUUCGUCGCUAAACGUGUCAAUGACGUCACUGGACGGUCGCCACGAGUGUGCUCUUUCCGAUUUCAGCGUAGACAAGGAAGACUAUCGCCUUAGCCAAUACGGUUCCGACGAGGAUGAAGAAGAAACAAAGAAACCCGUAUAUACUGCCAGAUUGAAUUUAACGAAAUACGCUGACGGUCAAAUAGAAGAUGUGACAGAUAACGUAGCCGAUUCUGAAAAUGAUCGUGAGACUAGCGUCAGAAAGAGCGACACUCAAUCAUACAAUGAUCAAGUACUGAUCGAUGCGACGAUUCCUAAAAGCCAGAAAGAGAAAUCUUUCACGACUGAAGAAAUCGAUAAUCGCGCAAAGUCUUCCGAAGAAGCGGAUCAAUUGAGGUAUAUCGUGGAAGAAUCAGUAUCGGUGGCAGAAGUAGAGAAGAGUAAUUACUUUGAAGUUGGAGAACGAGCAAAAGAAAUAUUUAGGAUGUCGCGAGAGGCUGACAAGACGAGCAGAACGGAGAAAGAUUCAGAGUUGGGUACAUAUUCUUCGGAAAAACGGGCGACAUCUUGCGAUUCGAGUCUCGAGAUAGACGGCAAGUAUUUAAAAUCGAUUGUGAACUCCCGCAAAAGUCCGAGGAAGGUUAGAGAAGGUGAGACUCGCGACGUCGAGGUCAAGGAGCAACAUCGAUUUACCGACGAUCCACAGGUGCUCCAAUAUGAAGCAUCCCAAAGUUCUUCCAUGAAGCUGAAGAACUCCGAAAGAGUCCAAGAAGAACAGAUUUACGAUGUAGAUAAGAAAGAUAUCGAGGAGAAAGGUAAAAUUGUCAAGGACCGAGAGAUGUCUCGUGCAGAAAGAGGCUUUUCAAGAUCAUCCUCCGCAAAAACGAGGAGUCUCAGAAAAGUCGAGGAGUUUCAAUUCGAUGGACGCGAACUAAAGGAUCAUGAUAAAGCCACUAGUGAUCGAGAGAUGUCUCGAUCUAGACAGGGAUCCCAAAAAUCUUCGAAAGUAUCUACAAAUGCAAAAAGUCCUAAAAAGAAAAGCCAAGUAUUUUAUAGAAGCGAAGAUAUGAAAGAAUAUGAUCGAGCUAUCAACGAUCGUGUUAUUUCUCAACUGGAGGAAGUCUUUCUGGAUUCUUCGAAGAAGUCUUCAGCGAAAAUGGAAAGUCCCAGAAAAGAUUCCGAGAGUUACAUCGAAUUGAAGAAACAAACUCAACUUACUGAUAAUCGAGAGACGUCGCGAACUGAAGAAUUCUCUCAGCAUUCCUCGAGAACGUCUUCCACGAAGAGCCCGAAAAAGACUCAAACUCAGAAGGCUGUGAAAAUGAGUGAUAACAAAGCACAACAAGCACAAGAAGCAAUAAAAACGGCAAAAAACACUGAUAACAAAACGAAGUGCGACUUUAAUGAAAUUAAGGACGUGUAUACAAGGAAGGUGCGACGUUAUAACGUACCUCUUCAGGGUAGUUUGGAUUCAAUGAUUGUGUCAGAUGAAAUAUCUACGCAGAAGCCGAAGAAGGAUGACACGUUCUCGAAGAAGUCGAAGAGCUACGAGUCGAUCAAGCGUAUCCAGGAGGUGUUUCUAGGCGUGCCGCCGACAAAGGCGAAUAGUAGUGGCUCGCAACUCGAUAUUCCAGAUGAGUUCUGCUCGAUCUGUUGUUACAUGAACGAAAUUACCUUCCGAACAGAGGAGGAAGUGAGCAGCCCGAACCAGGAGACAUUCUACACACUCAGAUCGACUUGUAGCUCGCUGGCUGACGAUGACGACGAUUCCAUUGAGUGCGACAUUUGCGGCUCGCUUAAUCUUCAGGAGUCCGCUGACGAUCUUGAAGGCAAGAUUCAGGAAAUUCCCUGCGAGCUCUGCAAAAUCUGUGGCGAGGUGGAUGGCAGUUUCGAUCCGGACUCCGCGUUACCGGCGGAUAGAUAUACUUAUAAAAUGGUAGAACCGCAUCAAGACGACGACGACAGCUUUGAGAUUGAAAACUGCGGUUUUCAGAGCGGUACGAAAUCGGCUGACGAUCGAAGCAGGAUUUUCGACAAAGAGAGAAUCAAGGAUCCCGGAAGAUCGAAAUCGCAGCCCUUGUUCAUCCACGGCUCUCCGAUGGCCAGGGACCAGCCGCGGGAGUUGUAUUUCAUACCCAAGGACGAAAUUGCGAUUUUGACGAGCGGGGCCAAGAAGGUCAACCGCAAAGGCUCCUUAUUUAGAAAAAAGGAGGAUUCCAGUGGAAGUGCACGAGAUAAGAGACGGUACUCUUCGGUGGAUAGUCUCCAACUGGCAAAGAUAUCCUCGAAAGCGAGUGAUAAGGUGCUCAAGGUCGUGAAAAAUACAACGCUGAUUGGAUCCGCUGAUAAUCUACAGAUAUCGGGAGAUUCGAGAAGAUCAAAAUCCCUGCAGAGAUCGGCCGCUGAUGUGGACCGCCUGAAUAAGUCUACCGACAAUUUGAAAUUGCAAGCGCAAAAUUUGGGAAAGGACAAUGAAACUGAAGACUCAACCCAGAAAUUAAACAUCCGAGACAAAGAGGAAGUAAAAAUGAUUCUCACGCAGCAUGGAAUCAAGAUUAUCAGCGAGAAGGAGACUGCCUUAUAAUCAGAAUUAGCUGAGAAUUCGUGAUUUGAUUACAUAAAAAAAAGCACUGGGAAGUAUUUUAUGCAUAUGAGACGUUAGAAAUUACAUGAAAUACAAUAUAUGUGAAGAGAAAUGUCUCGCACUGAAUAAUAUAUAUGUAUAUGUGAGGAAAAUCUUUAUAGAAAGAAGAGAAUUCCUUUCUGGAUUUUAUGUAAAUCGAAUAA